AUGGACUUCCGACACGUAUUCCUUGCACUGUUUAGUAUUCUUUUCCUUAGCUCAUUUGGUGUUGAGUGUAGAGGUCAUAGCCACAGCAGCAGCCAUAACAGAUUCCGACGACCGUCACCUCGAGGAGGUUCUGGACACGGACAUGGAAGCUUCGGACACGGACAUGGAGGCUUCGGACACGGACAUGGCGGGUCCGGACACGGGCACGGUGGUUUCGGACGUAGACCCUUUGGAAAGUAA